ACCCUGCAAAGGAGAUCGCUGCUUUAUCUGCCGCUCGGGCCGGACGGUGGAGGAGGCUGCCGGCGCGCUGCUGGUGGCGGAGGGAGAAAGAGAUUUGAUGGAUAAAAGAUUGAUCGAUAACUGGCUAAAAUUUGUCUCGGGACAGAGUAAAUGUUUCAUUAGAAAGGAUCAAUUGAGUUUCAAAAUGGGCUGCAGAAAAUAUUGAUUGCAUGAGGUUUACCAUACUUUGACUAGGUAUGAAAUUUCAUCCAUACAAGUCAUAAUGGAUCAAUUUGAAAUGUGGUGGUAUCAGCAAGGACUGAGUUUCUUGCCUUCUGCCCUGGUUAUUUUAAUAUCUGCUGCUUGUGUGUUUCCAUACAUUAUUGGAGUUCUCUUACACCAUGUUGACCCUUUGCUACCCUAUAUCAGUGAUUUAGGGACAACACCUCCAGAAAGAUCCUUGUUUGGAAUAACGUUUUGCUUUACUUCCAUGUUCUGCAUUGCCACUGUGUAUGUUCGAUACAAACAAGUCAGUGCUUUGAACCCUGAAGAACCUAAGUUGCUCAGACUCAAUAAGGCUGGCUUAGCGUUUGGAAUGGUUAGCUGUUUGGGGAUUUUCAUCAUAGCAAACUUCCAGAAAAAUGUUAUAUAUGUCAUACAUGCAGUUGGAGCUUUUCUCGUAUUUGGAAUUGGAAUCAUAUAUUUUCUGGUUCAGACAAUUAUUUCCUAUAAGAUGCAACCACAAAUUCAUGGGAAGGAUAUUUUUUGGAUCAGAUUUACAAUACUGCUAUGGGGCACAGUAAACCUAGUGAUUUUGAUUAUUUGUACAUUGAUUUUAAUCAGCUUAAUUGGAGUAGAUUACAUAAAGAUGCAGCGUUGGAAUCCCCAGGAGGAAGGAUUUACCUUCCAUAUCAUUGCCAUAGUCUCUGAAUGGUCUUUGCUUUUCACUUUCAUCAUUUAUUUCCUGACUUUCAUCCGUGACUUCCAGAAAAUCUCAUUGCAUUUAGAAAUAACACUAUUUGGGCCUAAUCUUUAUCACCCUCAAGAUCAGCUCCUAGAAGAUGACCAAAGAAUACCAAUCACAGGAAGCAUAUGAGAAGAAAACAAGAGAAAAUGUCACAAAUAAGAACUUAUCUCAGAAGAAAGCUUUGGUUCACGUUUAGAACUUUCAUUUUUUUAUUAUGCAGAAAUCAUGAUGUCUAUUAGUUCCAUUGGUAUCAGCCCAUAUAUAUAGCUAUAUGUACAGUCCUGUGCAAAGUUUUAGGCAGAUGUGCCAAAAUGCUGUACAUUAAGAUUUUAAAAAUAUAAGUGUUAAUCGUUUAUUUUUAUCGAUUAAGAAAAUGGAAAGUAAAUGGACAAAAGAGAAAUCCAAAUCAAAUCAAUAUUUGGGGUGACCACCU